AUGGACUGUAGCUGCGUCUCGGACCUGCUCUUCGCCCCACCAGCCCUGCCGGCUCUCUGGACCCCUGGGUUCGCCUUCCCGGACUGGGCGUACAAGCCAGAGUCGUCCCCCGGCUCGAGGCAGAUCCAGUUGUGGCACUUCAUCCUGGAGCUGCUGCAGAAGGAGGAGUACCAGGGGGUCAUCGCCUGGCAGGGCGACUACGGCGAGUUCGUCAUCAAGGACCCCGACGAGGUGGCCCGGCUGUGGGGCAUCCGCAAGUGCAAGCCCCACAUGAACUACGACAAGCUGAGCCGGGCCCUGCGUUAUUACUACAACAAGCGUAUUCUGCACAAGACCAAGGGGAAGAGGUUCACCUACAAGUUCAACUUCAGCAAGGUCGUGCUGGUCAACUACCCGCUGCUGGACGUAGCGGCUGCCGCCACUGGCUCUCCCCUCUUGUUGACUCCCAGUCCCUUUGGGGGUGGCCCUGGGCCAGAUGCCCCUCCCCUCACCCCCGAGUCCCUCCAGAACCUGUUCUCAGCCCCACGCCUGGGAGAGCCAGGGGCCCGGACACCCCUGUUCACCCCCGAGACGGACAAGCUACGCCUGGACAGCCCCUUCCCAUUCUUGGGUUCUGGUGCCACUGCUUAUUCCAAGCCUCCUGGCCUGCUGAGCCCUUACGGCCGAGCCUUCCCCGAGUACCCCUGGAACUUUAAUCCGUACCUCACAGGCCCCUUCCCCAAGCUCCCCCCUUCUCUGUACCCCCCUCACUUCUACCCCAACCCUCUGGGUUCCCUGGGACACUUGCCCUCGGCAGGGGCAGGGGGAGGCCCCAUAGCCGCGCCGCUGCUGGCUGCAACGGGCGAGGGCCUGGCAGCCGAGCGUGCCACGGGGCUGGCAGUGGGCCCUCGCCUGGCACUGCCGGGGGCCGGGGGCCCGGAUGCCACGCUGGGCGGCAAGGAGGACAGCGACUCGGAGCUGGAGAUCACAGACGUCAGCGGCUGCAGCUCCGACAGCGACGGGGAGGACGGCCUCCCCGUGCCUCCCAAGUCCAAGACAGGCAAAGCGGGGAGCGGCAGCUGA